AUGUCGGCCAUGCGGAAACACAACGUCACGACCUUUCCUCGUCCGCCAAUUGUGGAGAGGACGAACCGUCACAUCCAGAUCAAAUGGCACGGUCAGCUUGUAGCCGACUGUCCGCCCGGCGAGGCUUACUGGGUGCUCGAGGCCCAUCACGCUCCGGUGUACUACAUCCCUCCUAGCAGAGUCCGUCUGCCCCUAUCGACCACCCCUCGGGCAACCUUCUCCGAGUUCCAUGGCGCUGCGACGAACUAUGCCAUCAUGAGCCCAAUCUCCGCCACCGACAUCCUCGCCAACCGCAUCUGGUCUUAUAACGAGCCGCCCAAGGAAUAUGAGGCCAUCAAGGGGCAUAUCGCUUUCUUUGUCGGACCCUGGGAGUGCUAUGUCGACAACGAGAGGGCCCACGCGCCGCCGGGUGACUAUUACGGCGGCUGGGUUACGAGCGACAUCGAGGGGCUCGUGAAGCCUCCUCACCAAUCUCACCAGUGGGGAACAGGCUGGGAAGGGGUCUUCUAG